AUUGGUUGGUUCAGUCUCACCAUCCUUGCAAAAUUGGUCGAGUUUGGUAAUUCUCGAUCUCCAGAGUAAUGCACUUCAAGGAGUUAUUCCAUCGGUUUGGAGAGAGGUUUCCGGAUCUUAGAAUCCUUCGACUGAGCUCAAAUAAAUUCUCAGGACAAAUCCCAUCUCAGAUUUCCAACUUGAGCUCCUUGCAAGUCUUUGAUUUCGCAGAAAAUGAUUUUAUCGGCACAACUCUUGAAAGCUUGGGGGAUUUGAAAGCAAGGGCCAGUUCAAGAAAGAUAAAUCCUUGCAACAAUACCUCAGGGGAAUUCCCAUCAAAUUUGAUAAAACUUUCCGGUUUACUUGUUUUAAACCUCGCCAACAACUUUCUACAUGGAACAAUCCCAAACCAAAUUAGCAAUUUACACGAGUUGCUAUCUAUGGAUCUCUCGAGCAAUCUCCUCUCGGGGCCCAUUCCUUCUUCAAUGUCAUCAAUGACCUUUAUGAGUUUUCCUAACCUAUCAAACAAUAAUUUUUUGGGGAAGAUUCCAUCAACAGGCCAAUUUCCAACUUUUAGUGCAUCUUCAUACUCCAGAAACAAAUUCCUAUGUGGAGCUCCUCUUACAGUCCAGUGUGAGAGGAGUAGUUCCAGAGAGAAAGAAAGUAGGGAUGAUACUGAUGGAGCGAUAAGAGAUAAGUGGCUUAGUCUUAGCAUUGGUCUCGGUCUUGCAGUGGGACUCUUGGGAUUGCUUGCAGUUGGAUUGAUUGCAGUUGUAUCAAUCAAAAAAAAACAUGGAAUACUGCUCACUUCAAGUAUGUGGAUUGGAUAA